ACCCGGACAACCGCGCUCGCAAAGCGUAAUCCAUAGAAACCGCCUUCUCCGUUCGGAUACGCCCUCCUCCAGCCCCCGUUCACUCCUCCGUCCUCCUCCUCCCGCCGCCAUGCUCCGCUCCUCCUCCUGCUCACCGCCGCGAGACGCCGUCCAGUGGGCCGAGGCCGCCUCCAGGGCCGCGCUCCGCCACUACUCGUCGCUCCCGAAGAAGGGCAAGCCGCAGGGGCGCGAGUCCACGGUCCUGGCCGCCUUCCUGCUCUCCUCCCCGCACCCGCAGCAGGACCCGCUAAGCCCCCUCACCGUGCUCUCCCUCGCCACGGGCACCAAGUGCCUCGGCGCCGCGCGGCUAGGCGCCCGCGGUGAUCUCAUCCACGACGCGCACGCCGAGGUCGUCGCACGCCGCGCGCUCCUCCGCCUCAUCUACGCCGAGAUCGGCGCGGGCAGCCCGCCGAAUUGGUUGGCUGACUCUGGUGCGGGUGGGCGGUGGAAGAUGAGGGAUGGGUAUCAGCUGCACCUCUACAUCACCCAGCUCCCCUGUGGGAUCAUGCCGGUGCCGCGGUCAACCUCGGACGUUCCGAGGGAAUGGCUGGACGAUGCGGUGAAUGGAUGCAGUGAUGCUGGUUUUGUUCAAAGGAAACCAGGGCGUGGAGAUACAACAUUGUCUAUGAGCUGUUUUGACAAAAUUACUCGUUGGUGUGUUGUUGGGAUUCAAGGUGCAUUGCUGUCACACAUUCUGGAACCAUUGUAUUUGUCCACCAUUACCAUUGGACAAUCACCUGAUGGUGCACCUGAAGGGUUCUGUAUGGAAAAUGAUGUUGAGAAAGUUUUUGGUGCUCGUUUGUCCUCUCUAUCCAGAAAAGUCCCUGACCCUUUUAAACUAGACAAAAAGCCCCUAUUUUUUGAGGCACCUAUUCCCCCGAAAGAGUUUCAACAGACUUCGGGAGAUAUACCCCUUUUGACAUGCGGGUACUCAAUAUGCUGGAAUAAAUCAGGUUUGCAUGAAGUUGUUUUAGGAACAACUGGGAGAAAACAAGGUACAUCUUCAAAGGCAGCAUGUUUACCCUCCACAGAGUCAUUGCUCUGCAAGAUAAGAUUGGCAGAGGCCUUCAUUUCGCUCAAACAUCCAUUAGUCACAAAAUUCCAGCGUGAAGAACUGACUUAUCGUGCAAUCAAGGAUACGGCUCAUGAGUACCAGCAGAUGCUUGAAAUUCUUAGACAAGCCCCAUUUUUUAGCCGGUGGCAUUCUAAGCCAGCAUCCCUCGAUUCGUUUACAGUUCCACGGUGAUAACCAUCCCAGUUCGAUGCCGCGUGCCAGAUGAUCUGUGUACCAGCUCAACUUAUCUACAUCACUUACGGUUCUAGACAACUCUGAAGUCCUGGACAAGCUAUAUAGCCUGUAGCAAAAACCUACAAAGCCCUAUGUUGUGUUUGUAGGGAUUGUUAUUGUGUAUUCUUGUUCUUUUAGUUCUCAACGAGAAGAAGAAAACAUGAAGGAUCCUGCACUGCACAUACUGAAUAUAACAACUCUGGUUGUGCAGAUCAUUUGGGCCUAGACCCACUGAAUUUGCCUGUCUCGGACUCUCGGAUGCUCUAAAAUAUGAAUGAUCUGAUUUGGGA